UAACAUCUGAAAUGAAAGCCAACCCCGGCAUUGAUGAUGCUCUGCUCGAGUAGCAGUACAUCUAUGAGUGACCCUCCGAGCGUUCGCUGGUCUCCAUUCUCCAACUCCACACCUCCAUUGGCGCGCUCCACCUCGCCUCGACCUUCAUCACAUACGUGCGUGCAGCGUGCAACGGUGCAAGGGAGCGGGCAACAAUGGCGCCCGUCUCCUUCCUCGAGCUCUCGCUCUCCUUGCUCUGCUUCCUCGUCUUCUACUACUUCCACGCCAGGUCCAAGCGCAAGAACCCGGUGAUCCCGCUGGAGUGGCCGCUGGUGGGCAUGCUCCCGGCGCUCCUCGCCAACCUCCCGCGCCUCCACGACUGGGUCACCUCGUUGGUCACCGCCAGCCCGCUCAACUUCCGCUUCGUCGGCCCGCCGCGCUCGGGCAUGGAGCUCUUCCUCACCUCCGAUCCGGCCAACGUACGCCACGUUUUCACCUCCAAUUUCGCCAACUACCCCAAGGGCCCCGAGUUCGCCGAGAUCAUGGACAUCCUCGGCGGCGGCAUCUUCAACGCCGACGGCGACUCCUGGCGCCGCCAGCGCGCGAAGGCGCAGCUUCUCAUGUCCAGUCCAAGGUUCCGGGCCUUUGUGACACGGUGCAGCCGCCGCAAGGUCGAGCGCGACCUGCUCCCGCUGCUCGCCCACGUCGCCGGCGGCGGCACCGGCGUGUGCGACCUGCAGGACGUGUUCCUCAGGCUGACGUUCGACACGACGACCACGCUGGUGUUCGGCGUCGACCCGGGCUGCCUGGCCAUCGGGUUCCCGGAGGUGCCGUUCGCGCGCGCCAUGGACGAUGCCAUGGACGUGCUCCUCGUCCGCAACGUGCUCCCUCCGUCCUGGUGGAAGCUGGUGCGGUGGCUCGGGGUCGGGCACGAGCGGAAGAUGGCCGUCGCGUGGCGCGACAUCGACCGGUUCAUCGGCGACACGAUCGCCAAGCGGCGGGAGGUGGUGAAGGCAAGAGGCGGCAUCGAGGACUCGGCGGACCUGCUCUCCUCCUACAUCGACGACGACGAAGAUGCUAGCACGGUCGUCGACGCCUUCCUCCGCGACACGACCAUGAACCUCAUGCUCGCCGGCCGGGACACGACCGGCUCGGGCCUCUCCUGGUUCUUCUACCUCCUCACGAGGAACCCACGCGUGGUGUCCAAGAUCCUCGCAGAGCUCGACACGGUCAACUCCACCACCACCCCGGACGGCAUGGUGACCUACGACCCGGACGAGCUGGGGCGGCUGGUGUACCUGCACGCGGCGCUGUGCGAGUCGCUCCGGCUGUACCCGCCGGUGCCGAUGGAGCACAAGGGCGUGGUGGCCGCGGAGGCGCUGCCGAGCGGGCACGAGGUGCGGCCGGGGGACAAGAUCAUGGUGUCGCUGUACGCGAUGGGGAGGAUGGAGGCGGUGUGGGGCAAGGACUGCCGGGAGUUCCGGCCGGAGCGGUGGAUCGGGGAGGACGGCAAGCCGCGGUACGUGCCGUCGUACAAGUUCGUGUCCUUCAACUCCGGGCCGCGGACAUGCCUCGGCAAGGACAUGGCGUUCGUGCAGCUCAAGGCGGUGGCGGCCGCCGUGGUGAGGAACUUCGAGGUGGAGGCCGUGCCCGGACACGUCGUGGAGCCCAAGAUCUCCAUCAUCCUCCACAUGAAGAACGGCUUCAAGGCCAGGAUCAAGAGGAGGAAGAUGCUUUGAUUAAAUGGUGAAUUCGGAGCAAUAGUGUGCCUGGUGAUCGUGAAAGAAAGAUGCAUGGAGUCAGCGAAUUUGUAGACCGAUCGCUGACAAGUGACGCCGCAUGUAGCUAGAAGGAAAAAUCUAGUGUCGAACUGUUGAAUGUAUCGUGUUGCCCACUUGGCCAGUAGCAAGUCGUAGUCACUGUUGUCGAUCUCAAAUCGAUCUAGUGUCAACUAGUGGUACUCACUCGGUACUGAAAUAUGCAACGACCUGGGCUAGGCCCAUCCAUUGCGCAGCAUGUGGCCAGUGGGCCGGCCCGUGAGGCCUGUAAUGUACACUACAUAUAGCAGUGUUGCGUGUGCGUGUGGGGCAUGAGGAUUGUAAUGACUGAAUCUUUGUAUCCCUAAUCCCAGAGCCUUCCUCUGUUCUUCUUCUUCCC